CCAGACGUGGGAAUGAAGGAAAACACUCAUCGUUGUUUUGUCGAAACGUUUCUCUCUCUUUUUUGUUCUAUUUAAUGUUAAUAAUAAAGCCUUUCACUUUGGACCACAUGAGUGUGUGCAGGUGAAGCUAACUUCCAAAAACCUGAGAUUUCACCAAAGCCACUCAGAUUCCAGUCCAUUUCAGCAUCUGGGGAUUCUUGAAACUACUGAAGGAGUUGCUUGAUCCAUAGCACUGGUCUUCCUUCAUACCAUUUGCAAUAAGUGCUACACUGAAAGCUCAUUAAAAGACAAUUUUUUUGAUCGUUAUAUUUUUAGAAUUUGCUUCAAAGCUGCUGCUACAAUGUCAAUGUUGUCAAAAUUGCGUUGUAUCACUUUGGAUGUUACUGGUACCUUGAUAGCUUACAAGGGGCAACUGGGUGACUACUAUUGCAUGGCCGCCAAAUCUGUUGGGCUGCCAUGCCCUGACUACAAACGUAUGCAUGAGGGCUUCAAACUGGCAUAUAAAGACAUGGCCAGCACAUAUCCUUGUUUUGGGCAUGCAGCAAAAAUGCCCAACAUUAUUUGGUGGAAGACUUGUGUAAGAGACUCCUUUGUCAGGGCUGGAUAUGAAUAUGAUGAGGAGACAUUUGAGAAAAUUUUCAAACGCAUUUACGCAUCAUUUGGUUCAUCUGCUCCUUAUUCGAUCUUUCCAGACUCCCAACCAUUUCUCAGGUGGGUGCAUGAGCAAGGGCUUAAAGUUGGGAUUGUUAGUAAUGCGGAGUACCGGUAUCAGGAUGUAAUUCUUCCAGCCUUGAAUUUGAACAAGGGAUCUGAAUGGGACUUUGGUGUCUUCUCUGGUAUUGAAGGUAUAGAGAAACCUGACCCAAGGAUUUAUGAGGUUGCCCUGGAGAGGGCUGGAAAUAUUGCACCAGAAGAAACCUUGCACAUUGGGGACAGCAUGCGCAAAGACUAUUUGCCAGCGAAGAGUGUGGGGAUGCAUGCAUUACUAUUAGACAGAUUCAAGACACCAGAUGCUAAGGAGUGGAGGCAAUCUGGUGCCAUUGUGCUUCCAGACUUGAUGGCAGUAAAAGAUUUGCUUACUUCAGAAAAUUCAACUUGCUGAGAGUCAUCUGCCUCUUCCAUUCAUGACGUGCACGUUCAAGUUCUUCCCCAUCAUGUAGUUUAGAGUUUAGUGACAAAUAUUUUUCAGCUGGUGUGCCCCCUAAAUUUUGUUUCUGUAGCAUGUUUUCACACACUACUAUCAAUUUUUUUUGGGGGGGGGGGGGGGGGGGGGGGGUGUUUGAUGGGGGAGAAGCUAACACCAGUUGCAAAGUUAUAUAAUGAGCUCAAUCAUAAAAGACGAAAGAUUUUAUGUUUUCUACA